AAAAAAAAUGAAAUUCAAAACUCUCAGAGAAAAAUGAACAUAAUAAAAAUAGACGAACGUAUCUUCAACUUUAAAUCUUUAGAUCGUUAUCCAAAUCAUGCUGAGGCACUAGAGUUACUUAAAAAAUUGGCUUCUCAUGUGAAACCUAUAAUGCAAAAACAUAAUUGGAAAGUAGGGUCAUUAGAAGAAUUUUUUCCUGAAAAUAAGAGUUUACUUGGAAUAAAUAUAAAUAGUGGUGAAAAAAUAUGUAUACGAUUACGUCCUUAUUAUGAUGAACGUCAAUUUAUUGAUUUCAAUGAACUCAUCGGAACGAUGUUGCAUGAGUUAACGCAUAACAAACGUGGUCCACACGAUGCAACAUUCUACAAGCUCCUUGAUGAACUACAUGACGAAUACGAUGAAUUACUCCUAAAAGGUGUAGUAGGUCAUGGAUUUUAUGGAAAUGGUUAUAAGCUUGGUCAAGGUGUAUCACAUAAUGAUACGCCGGCCAUGGCCAAACAAAAAGCAUUAAAAGCUGCAGAGGCUAGGAAAAUAAUGACAGGUGGUGGUAAGAAAGUUGGAGGAGUUGGCUGGGAACAUCAUGGAGUUCCGAUGAGGGAACUAACAGCAAUUGCGGCUGAAAGAAGGAGAAAUGAUAUGGUUUGGUGUGGUAGUGAACGAAUUGGUGACAGUUAUGGAAGUAAUAACAGUAAACCUUUAAAAGGUGUUGCUAAAGCACCAUAUGGUGGAAGUUCAUCGGCAGUUCGGAUUCCAGCUGAUAAAAUUCCCGGAAUCAAUAAUGUAUCAUGGAGUUGUCCAAAAUGUACAUUUGAUAAUAACCCAUUGGCAUUGCAAUGUGGGGUUUGUUUGAACAUGCGACCAGAUACAAAUCAACAGUCACAAAAUUUCGUACCUAUUGAAUUUUCGAGUCCACAGUGGAAUUGUCCAAUUUGUACAUUUAAAAACGAAAGCGACGUAGUUAUGUGUAUAGGAUGUGAUUACUUGAAGGAUUAA